UUUUAUUUUUUUUUCAAGCUAUGUCGAAAUUUUGCUGGAAAGCUAUUAAAAAUUAUGAACAACACAAAAAGAACUUGAUAUUUACGAGAAAUUUCCAUGCGAUGCGAAUCGAUGAAAUAGUCAGGGAAUCCACCUGUUCUUGGAUGUGCCGUAGACGCGAGUAUUCCAAGCAUGAUCCGUUAGACUGGCGCGAGGCUAUAGCUCAAGCUGAACGGACUGUGGGCUUCCCUACCUCCUUCCUCAACCUGCGGUGGCUCUUCAACGACGAGAUCGCCAGCACCGCCAUACAUUUAAGGAAACUGGUCGGCACAAACCACCCUCUCCUGAAAUCAGCCAAGAACCUCCUGAUCGGCUCCAAAAGCAACUUGCAGUCAGUAGGGCUCAUUAUUCUUCUGGUCUCCAAAGCGGCUGGACUUAACACUCGGGAUUACACUGAAGACAAAUACGACUCAGGAAUCUUACACUCGCAACGUGCCCUAGCCGAGAUUGUCGAGAUGAAGCGUACCGGCCACAUGAUCCACAAGACCAUGGCCAACCUUCAGGAGAAGGAGAAAUUCGGAGACAAGUUCCAAGACCUGCUCUGUGGGAACAAGAUCGUUCUCUUGUCAGGCGACUACUUGCUAGCCAAGUGUCUCCAACACCUCGGCGGCUUGCGGAACAACGAGGUGACAGAGCUCAUCUCCACCGGUCUGAGGGACCUCGUGGAGGGUGACUUCCUAGGCGAACAUGAUCCGGACAAUACUCCCAUGCCCACUAAACCUAAAGCUGAAAACAUAGUUGAACCCUACGACUGGGAGAACGAGUACAACUUGGAGAAGCUCGGCAGCAACUCCUACCUCGGGCAAGGGAAGGAGGAGUGGGUGCUCCGGACCAUGCUCCAGUCCGGCAGCAUCCUUGGCAAAGGCUGCCAGGGUGCCAUGAAACUCGCCCGCCGAGGCGAAGAGAUGGAGCGAAACGCGUACAUACUCGGCGGGCAUCUCGCUCUGAUGUGGCAACUCUAUUUAGACAUAAAAGAUUUCUUCAUUCACCCACAUUCGUAUUCUCUGGUUGGAGCUCCUGUGAUCAUGGCUUUAUGGGAAUAUCCUUCAAUUUACGGACAUGUCUGGAUACCUAAAGUAGAAAGAAAGCCCAUAGAGAUGAAGCAACUGCAUUAUGCAGUACGCAGCACGCGUUCCAUGGAUUAUCUGACUGGACUUUUGGACGAGGAGCUGGCGGCCAUUUUGAAAUAUAGCGACCGGUUUCCGGUGGAGGAUGCGCGUGAGGCUCUGCAGAACAUGGCGCGGACGAUCCACGGAGAAACGCUGCAGUACAUGGAGAAUUGAAUAAAGGUAUGAUUUGCU